GCAUCGCGAGAGUGAGGACGUGAUAGACUGUUGCAUAUUAUGCAGUGAGCAGCUGCUGGGAUCCGGUUAGUUUGAUUUAAUGGCUAAAGUGGAGAUCGCCCCUUUGAGAAGCUGGGAUGAUUUCUACCCAGGCUCAGAGCGCUUCGCCAGACCAGACACGCGAGAUCUGGCGAAAUGGAACAACAGAGUGGUCAGCAACCUGCUGUACUAUCAAACAAACUAUCUGGUACUGGCAAUCAUUGUAUUCCUGAUUGUAGGGUUCUUGAACCCUGUGAGCAUGUUCACGGGUGCAGCAGUGGUCGCUUCUGUCUUCAUUGGCUCUGUAUGGGCAGGGGAGAACAAGGCGAUCAUCAAAAAAUUCAAGAAGGAGAACCCUACUCUGUUUGUGUUCUUGGUGAUGGUUGUGAGCUACUUCCUCAUGUCACUCUUCGGUGGAGUUAUGGUGCUCCUGCUUGGAAUCAAGCUGCCUCUUCUCUUGAUCUUUGCACAUGCAUCGCUUCGCCUACGGAACAUGAAAAACAAACUGGAGAAUAAGAUGGAGAGUGCCGGACUCAAGAAAUCGCCCAUGGGAAUCAUACUUGAAGCACUGGGUCAACAAGAAGAGAACCUCAAUAAAAUUCAAGACUUUCUAGAGAGCAAACUCAAGGAGUGAACUUUUACUGAGCUUCUCUCCCAUACAAGAAGGAACUGCUUUCAUCUGGCACAGUUUCAGAAAACUACUCUGUUUAUUCCAACAUCUUUAAUAGGCAAAACAAAAAGUAUUUUUCUUAGUGUGUUUUUUCUAUUAUGGAAUGAACUAAUUGUAUUGAACAUAAGAGUGUUUUAUAAUGUUUGUUUACAUCUCAGGUCAAAUGUAAGAGGAUGCCAUUCAAAACGUCUUCCAAAGAUUUCUCUAUGACCUGUAGGGAAACGUGUCAUUUGUGCAUAUUUCAAGUAUCUCUCCCAAAAUACAUGUAUUCAUGUAUUAAGACAAUUCAUAAUAUAACAUGACAAGAUGUCAUCAGGUUUAGAGAUCGUCAAAUGUUCUGCAGUGCGAUAACUGGAAUUCUGUG